CGUUGCUCACGUCAUCCAUAACAGGAACAUAUAAAAAGAUGUGGAACAGUUAGUGGUGGCAAUAUCUUUGACAAAAGACACCAGAGAGAGCACAUUCAGCAAACUCAGAUGCACUAGACAAGUACAAAGACAGUGAAAGAGAAGGCAGGAAAAUGCUGUGGAUACGGGCAUUUCUGAUUGCUCUGUUGGUAUGCCUCCUGACUCUGCAUUUCCUGAAACAGCUCUGGACACACAGACGAUACCCUCCUGGACCUCUCCCACUUCCUGUCAUUGGAGGCCUAUGGCGAACUGGGUUUGGAAUUUCUCAAAAUACCGCUAUCAAGCUGGCAAAGCAAUAUGGGAAGAUUUACACCAUAUGGAUAGGUCUUUUACCCAUGGUAGUACUUUCAGGAUUCCAAGCUGUGAAAGAAGCGCUGAUCAUGAAUUCAGAAGUCUUCAGUGGGAGACCAGAGACCCCUUUCAUAAAAGCUGCAUUUAAAGAACGAGGCAUAAUAUUUUCAAAUGGACACACCUGGAAGCAGCAGAGGCGUUUUGGACUAGUUACCCUGCGGAAACUUGGACUAGGGAAGACAGGCUUAGAGCACCGAAUAAAAGAAGAGGCCCAACAGCUUGUGGAGACUUUUGCAGAAGCCAAAGGGCAGCCUCUUGAUCCUUCAUUACCCAUCAAAAAUUCAUUCUCCAAUGUGAUCAGUGUCUUGACUUUUGGACAGCGGUUCUCUCCUGAAGAUGAAGACUUCCAAAAUCUGCUGAAAUCCAUCACUUUUGUUCUAAAAUUUGGAGGUAGUGUCCCUCAUAUUCUCUAUGAACUGUUGCCAUGGCUCAUGAAACAUCUUCCAGGACCUCAGAAGAAGGUAUUGUCCUUACUGGAGGAGGCACUUUCAUUUGCAAAGAAGAAGAUAGAAAAACAUAAAGAGCAUCAGGCACUGCAUGAUCCUCAGGAUUUCAUUGAUUUCUAUCUACUUGAGAUGGAAAAAGCCAAGAAUGACCAGAACUCUACCUACAAUGAAGAAAACUUGGCUCAGUGCAUUAUUGAAUUCUUUGUUGGAGGGACAGAUGCAACUGGCGUUACUCUGCUUUUGGCACUGCUCCUCAUGGCAACUCAUCCAGAUAUCCAAGAGAAAGUCCACCAGGAGAUGGAAGAUGUGUUUGGUUCCUCUUCCUUAAUCUACUAUCGAGAUCAUAAGAAACUGCCAUACACCAAUGCAGUAAUUCAUGAGAUCCAGCGUACCAGAGUUCUGCUCUUAUUUGGGUCUCCUAGACAAACUACAAAGGAUAUCAAUAUGCGGGGUUUUCACAUUCCAAAGGGGACCAUUAUUAUUCCAGAUUUCUUCUCUGCUCUUCGUGAUCCUGAGCAAUGGGCAACACCUGAAGAAUUCAACCCAAAUCAUUUUCUGGACAAGGAUGGACUGUUCAUGGCUAGGGAAGAAUUUAUGGCAUUUGGAGCAGGAGCUCAUGUAUGUUUGGCUGAGCAUCUGGCACGGAUCGAGCUCUUCAUCUUCUUCACCAGCCUGCUGAGGGCAUUCACCUUCCAGCUGCCAGCAGGAGUCAAAGAACUCAAUCAAGAAUCUGUAAGAGAGUUCACAACCCACCCCAAGCCUUAUAAACUCUGUGCUAUUCCCUGUUGUAGUACAUAAUAAACCUUAUACAUGAAUGGCUUAUUUGUUACUGUAGAUUUCCCUCCUCCCUUUUUCCUUUCCCCAAAUUUCUGCCUUGGUUUGUUCAAAUUCACCCUUUUCCAGAUUGUCUCCAUUGGCAGAUUAAUCUUUACAGAGGGAAUUUAGGCAUCUAACUUCUGUCUAAUUGCUCGCCAAUUCAAUCUCUAUCCCCUGACAACUGUAACUUUCCCUAGCUUACUUUCUUAAGCAGAAAUGCUCAGUACUGAAUUAUGCAAUUUAUAUCAGUAGAUGCGUCUCCUUCUGUGACUUUCAGAGACAAAAAGACUACUUCUUCAUCUGAUGCUGUCCCGGUGUAAUGCCUUAGAAAUGGCUGUCCGGGAGGGGAGAUACUGUAAGAUCCCCUAUAAGGAGUGUGUCUGCCCUUGUGGUUCUGGGGAAGUGGAGUCAACUAGGGAUGUGCAAAAAAUUUCGGGCACAGAACGAUCUGUGCCUGAAAUGAACAAUUUCAGGUGAUUCGGGGCCGAACCGAAUCACCCCCGAUGUCCCCCGAUAUUUUUCGGGCAUGAGCCGAAUCACCCGAAUUUCGGGCACAAAAAAUUCGGGUGAUUCGAUUCACGGUUGAUUUUUGGCGAUUUUUUAA